UCGGGAGAGAUCGGGUGGCUGCCGGCGAGCCGGCGAGCGGGCAGCCGGGUGGGCAAAAGGUGUGCCCGGCCUGCUGUCUCCGAAGAAGUAGGGGGAGACUUUCCCGGGGUCUGGAAUCCUCUCGAGCCCCUGAAGUUUGCCCAGGCCGAGGAGAGAGAAGCUGAGGAGCCGCGGACUCUCCAACCCGUGCCGCCGCCGCCAUGGCUGCCAUGAUGGAUCGGAAGUGAGCCUCAGGGCGACGGCUACCGGCGCCGGUGCUUCGAGUCCGGGUUUCCCGGCCACUCCCGCCGGGGGAAGCGCGGCGCUGCAGACUGCUGACUCUCUCGGCCUUCGCGACCCUUACUUUCAACUCGGGCCCGCUUCCUUCCAGACUGAGCGGCGGGGAGUGGCUCCCGGCCUCCGGCCCCGGCAGCGAGGAAGAUGGCGGACCCGGCCGAGUGCAACAUCAAAGUGAUGUGUCGCUUCAGACCUCUCAACGAGUCUGAGGUGAACCGCGGCGAUAAGUACAUCGCCAAGUUUCAGGGAGAAGACACGGUCAUGAUUGCGUCCAAGCCGUAUGCAUUUGACCGAGUGUUUCAGUCAAACACCUCUCAAGAGCAAGUGUAUAAUGACUGUGCAAAGAAGAUUGUUAAAGAUGUACUUGAAGGAUACAAUGGAACAAUAUUUGCAUAUGGACAGACAUCCUCUGGGAAGACACACACAAUGGAGGGUAAACUUCAUGAUCCAGAAGGCAUGGGGAUUAUUCCAAGAAUAGUGCAAGAUAUUUUUAAUUACAUUUACUCCAUGGACGAAAAUUUGGAAUUUCAUAUUAAGGUUUCAUAUUUUGAAAUUUAUUUGGAUAAGAUAAGGGACCUGUUAGAUGUUUCAAAGACCAACCUUUCAGUUCAUGAAGAUAAAAAUCGAGUUCCCUAUGUAAAGGGGUGCACAGAGCGUUUUGUAUGUAGUCCAGAUGAAGUUAUGGAUACCAUUGACGAAGGAAAGUCCAACAGACAUGUAGCAGUUACAAAUAUGAAUGAACAUAGCUCUAGGAGUCACAGUAUAUUUCUUAUUAAUGUAAAACAAGAGAACACGCAAACAGAACAAAAGCUGAGUGGAAAACUUUAUCUGGUUGAUUUAGCUGGUAGUGAAAAGGUUAGUAAAACUGGAGCUGAAGGCGCUGUGCUGGAUGAAGCAAAGAACAUCAACAAGUCCCUUUCUGCUCUUGGCAAUGUCAUUUCUGCUCUGGCUGAGGGGAGUACAUAUGUUCCAUAUCGAGAUAGUAAAAUGACAAGAAUCCUUCAAGACUCAUUAGGUGGCAACUGUAGAACCACUAUUGUAAUUUGCUGCUCUCCAUCAUCGUACAAUGAAUCUGAAACAAAAUCUACACUCCUGUUUGGUCAAAGGGCCAAAACAAUUAAGAACACAGUUUGUGUAAAUGUAGAAUUAACUGCAGAACAGUGGAAAAAGAAAUAUGAAAGAGAAAAGGAAAAAAAUAAGACCCUGCGGAAUACCAUUCAAUGGCUUGAAAAUGAACUCAACCGAUGGCGUAAUGGAGAGACAGUGCCUAUUGAUGAGCAGUUUGACAAAGAGAAAGCCAACUUGGAAGCUUUUGCAGUAGAUAAGGAUAUUACUGUUACCAAUGAUAAACCAGCAGCUACAAUUGGAGUUACCGGAAACUUUACUGAUGCUGAAAGAAGAAAGUGUGAAGAAGAAAUUGCUAAAUUGUACAAACAGCUUGAUGACAAGGAUGAAGAAAUUAAUCAACAGAGCCAAUUGGUAGAGAAACUGAAGACACAAAUGUUGGAUCAAGAAGAACUUUUGGCAUCUACGAGAAGGGAUCAAGAUAACAUGCAAGCUGAACUGAAUCGUCUGCAAGCAGAAAAUGAUGCCUCUAAAGAAGAAGUAAAAGAAGUUUUGCAAGCCUUAGAGGAGCUUGCUGUCAAUUAUGAUCAGAAAUCUCAGGAAGUUGAAGAUAAAACUAAGGAAUAUGAAUUGCUUAGUGAUGAACUAAAUCAGAAAUCGGCAACCUUAGCAAGUAUAGAUGCUGAACUUCAGAAACUUAAGGAAAUGACUAACCACCAGAAGAAACGAGCUGCUGAGAUGAUGGCAUCUUUAUUAAAAGACCUUGCAGAAAUCGGAAUUGCUGUAGGAAAUAAUGACGUAAAGCAGCCUGAAGGAACUGGCAUGAUAGAUGAAGAGUUCACUGUUGCAAGGCUCUACAUUAGCAAAAUGAAGUCAGAAGUAAAAACAAUGGUAAAACGCUGCAAACAGUUAGAAAGCACACAAACUGAGAGCAACAAAAAAAUGGAAGAAAAUGAAAAGGAAUUAGCAGCAUGCCAGCUUCGUAUCUCUCAACAUGAAGCCAAAAUCAAAUCAUUGACUGAAUACCUUCAAAAUGUGGAGCAAAAGAAAAGGCAGCUAGAAGAAUCAGUUGAUUCCCUCAGUGAAGAACUAGUCCAGCUUCGAGCACAAGAGAAAGUACAUGAGAUGGAAAAGGAGCACUUAAAUAAGGUUCAGACUGCAAAUGAAGUUAAGCAAGCAGUUGAACAGCAGAUCCAAAGCCACAGAGAAACUCAUCAAAAACAGAUUAGUAGUUUGAGAGAUGAAGUUGAGGCAAAAGAAAAACUCAUCACUGAUCUUCAAGACCAAAACCAGAAAAUGAUGUUAGAGCAGGAACGUCUAAGAGUAGAGCAUGAGAAGUUGAAAGCUACAGAUCAGGAAAAGAGCAGAAAACUACAUGAACUUACAGUCAUGCAAGAUAGACGAGAACAAGCAAGACAAGAUUUGAAGGGUUUGGAAGAGACAGUGGCAAAAGAACUUCAGACUUUACACAACCUGCGGAAACUCUUUGUUCAGGACCUCGCCACCAGAGUUAAAAAGAGUGCCGAGAUCGAUUCUGAUGACACUGGAGGCAGUGCUGCUCAAAAGCAAAAGAUCUCCUUUCUUGAAAAUAACCUUGAACAACUCACUAAAGUGCACAAACAGUUGGUACGUGAUAAUGCAGAUCUUCGCUGUGAACUUCCUAAGUUGGAAAAGCGACUUAGAGCUACAGCCGAAAGAGUGAAAGCUUUGGAGUCCGCACUGAAAGAAGCCAAAGAAAACGCAUCUCGUGAUCGCAAACGCUAUCAGCAAGAAGUAGAUCGUAUAAAGGAAGCAGUCAGAUCAAAGAAUAUGGCCAGAAGAGGACAUUCUGCACAAAUUGCUAAGCCUAUUCGUCCCGGGCAACAUCCAGCAGCUUCUCCAACUCAUCCAAGUGCAAUUCGUGGAGGAGGUGCAUUUGUUCAGAACAGCCAGCCAGUAGCAGUUCGAGGUGGAGGAGGCAAGCAAGUGUAAUCUUUACACAUUACUACAGGUGUUGAAAAUAAUUGAAGAAUGAAGAGGACAUAAUAUCAAGCAGAGUCAUUCAGUGACUAUAACCUCUACCCCCUGGGAAUUGUAGAAUUAUAACCCUUUUUUAAUGUAUAAAUUAUACCUGGCCUGUACAGCCGUUUCCUACCCACUCUUCUUGUAAACUCUGCUGCUUCCCAACACAACUAGAGUGCAAUUUUGGCGUCUUAGGAGGGGAAAAGAUGACAGUUUACAACUGUGGUUCUAUUUAUUACACAGUUUGUCUUUUGUGUCUUAAAUUUAGUCUUCACUGUGCCAAGCUAAUUGUACCAUAUAGGAUUGUGCUUUUUGUACUUGUCUUUUGUUUGUUUGUUUGUGUUUGUUUUUUAAUCUCAGUUUAAGUUACCUAGCUGCUACUGCUUCUUACUUUUCUUAAUAAAGUGUCUUCCUUACUUUAGGGAAAAUGGAACAAUUAGAUUAAAUGUCUUUAAUUUCACCACCUAAAACACUACAUACCCACAAAAUAUAUCAGGUCAGUACUGUACUUUAAAAUCCCUUGAAAUGAUUUCAGAGUUAAAAUUAUUUGUACUGUGUCUGAAGUUUGCUUCUGAAAACUACUGUUUGAGCACUGAAACCUUAAAACUGCCUAACAAGGCAUUUGAGACUGAGCACGGCUAAUUAAUUAUCUUCAUGAAAUGCCUGUUACUGAAUUAUCUUUAAUAGAAAUAUUUUAUAAUAUCAAAAGCAAAUCUCCAUUUAAGAAAGAGGAUUUGGAGAAGGAAUUCUAUUUCUCUUCCCAGUUCUAUAAUCAACAUGGCGUGAUGGAAUGAAAACACUCUGCUUCAUUCUGGUGAGCCUGUUAAUUAAUAUAAGAAUUAGACAGAUACUGAUUUGUCAUCUUCAUAUAGUGAAAUGAAGUAAGAUACUACAGGAUUAAACAGCAUUUAUAUUCUUAACUACUGUAUUGGUUGAUCUAAAUUUAUAGCCAAUGGAAAUUGAGAAAAAUUGUGGAGAACUUAAUGGUGAGCUUAUAAAUCUAUAGGUGAAUUUUGGUCUGAAAUCCCUGAGGUAUUUUUAACC